AAAAAAAAUCUCAAGAGGGGGGAUUUUUUGGAGACCGUCCUAAUCCAACGUCUCCGAGCCCAAUGAAUCAGCAGCGCCUUGUUCCGCCCGGCGGGAUUAAUCAGUGCUCCUCCAGGCUCCAGGAGAGCGAGGUUGGCCACGAUGGGCUCGGUGGGAGCCGAGCGCUUCAAGGAACUGAGCCCGGCGGGGACGCCGGAGGGGAACGUGGUGAUGAGCUUCAGCUUCGACAGCUACCAGCUGGAGGAGGACGAGCUGCAGCGGGGCAACCAGGCCAAGGGCAUCCUCACCUUCAUGGAGCCAGUUUCUGAGGAUCCCGAGCCCCAGGAUCGAUACCAUGGGAUUUACUUUGCCAUGCUGCUGGCCGGGGUGGGAUUUCUUCUGCCAUACAACAGCUUUAUCACCGAUGUGGACUACCUGCACCAUAAAUACCCAGGGACCUCCAUCGUCUUUGACAUGAGCCUCACCUACAUCCUGGUGGCCUUGGUGGCCGUCAUCCUCAACAACGCGCUGGUGGAGCUGCUGAGCUUGCACACUCGGAUCUCCGUGGGAUACCUCUUUGCCCUGGGGCCCCUGCUCUUCGUUAGCAUCUGCGACGUCUGGCUGGAGCUCUUCACCCGCAGGCAAGCCUACGCCAUCAACCUGGUUGCCGUUGGGGUGGUGGCCUUUGGCUGCACAGUGCAGCAAUCCAGCUUCUACGGCUACACGGGGCUGCUGCCCAAGCGCUACACGCAGGGGGUGAUGACGGGCGAGAGCACCGCUGGGGUCAUCAUCUCGCUCAGCCGCAUCUUCACCAAGCUGCUGCUCUCAGACGAGAAGGAGAACACGGUCAUCUUCUUCUUCAUCUCCAUCGGCAUGGAGCUGACGUGCUUCAUCCUCCACCUCCUGGUGAAGCGCACCCGCUUCGUCCGCUACUACACCUCCUGCUCCCGCAAGGGUCUCCCCGAGCCUCGGGGGGCUGGUGACCAUGGGACGGGCUACUGCAUCCACCAUGAUGUCACCGCUGAGGAUGUCCGAUUUGAGAACCGGCCGCGGGGGCAGCUGAGCUCCCCCCAGGGCAGCCCAGGCCCCGAAGCCGAGCUGGCCGGCAGCGGCACCUACAUGCGCUUCGACGUCCCUCGGCCCAAAAUCAAGAGGAGCUGGCCCAGCUUCAGAGACAUGCUGCUCCACCGCUACGUCGUGUCCCGCCUCAUCUGGGCCUACAUGCUCUCCAUCGCCAUGACCUACUUCAUCACGCUGUGCCUAUUUCCCGGGCUGGAGUCAGAGAUUCACAACUGUACGCUGGGGGAAUGGCUCCCCAUCCUCAUCAUGGCCAUCUUCAACCUCUCUGACUUCGUCGGCAAGAUCCUGGCUGCCCUGCCCUACGACUGGAGAGGGACCCACCUUCUCGUCUACUCCUGCCUCCGGGUGGUCUUCAUCCCCCUCUUCAUCAUGUGCGUCUACCCCAACGGGAAGCCAACCUUUGGCCACCCUGCCUGGCCCUGUAUCUUCUCUCUCCUCAUGGGCAUCACCAACGGCUACUUCGGCAGUGUCCCCAUGAUCCUGGCCGCUGGGAAAGUGAGCCCCGAGCAGCGGGAGCUGGCAGGGAACACCAUGACCGUGUCCUACAUGACGGGCCUAACGCUGGGCUCGGCCGUGGCGUAUUUUGCCUACAGCCUCACCAGUACGUCCCACAGUACCUGUUUCUACACCGAAACCUCCAACGGCUCCUUCACCUCGGGGUACUGAGCCCCGGGGCGGGGCGACGGGGACAAGAUGGGACCUGCUUCCCACCAUGGUCCCCAUCGCCCCGCUUGGCCCAUGGCCCUCCUUGGGGAGGGAGCCUGGAGCCAGAAAGCUGCCCCAGGGUGGACAGGGACCAGCAUCCCGUCGGCAUGGGGCCAUGGCAUCCCAAAACAGCUUGUGAUGCCCAACCAGGACUAAUUCUUAGGGUGACACCUCAAGGUUCACCUCAGGGGACAGUCCCGUUGCUCUUGAGGCCUCCCCAUCAGCUCUCUGGUGGGGAGGAAGGGGGUUCUCCUGUUUGAGCCAAGCCAUUGCCAGGAGGAAGAAAAUACUGCCAAAUCCCAUGGGGAACAGGACCAGCGCUGGGGAGGAGGGUGAUGGAGGGCUGGGGAGGAAGAGGAGGAUCAAGAGAGGAAGGAACUGCUCCUUCAGGCCCCUGGUGGCUCUGGGAAGGUGGGUCUCGAUUGAUGGUGCUGCAGGUUUUCACCAAGAAUGGCUUGAAAUCACAGUCCCUCCCCAAAUAUGCCAAUUGCUGUGUAAAAGACCCAAUUCAUGUUUGCUGGCUGGAAAAAAAAAACACAACUUUUUUUUGGUAGUGUCUUUUUUUUUGCUCUUUUUUUGCCCUUUGCUAAUUGCGAGAGGCAGGGUCUUGCUGCCUGUCCUGUGGGGCUUCGGGGUGCCCUUUGUGCUGCUCCCCAUCUCCAGGGUCCUCUCUGUCACUGGGUCCCAUGGAAGCCCUUGCCAUCCUGCAAAGUGCUGCUGAAGCACACCACCUUCAAGGGCAGCAGUGGGGAGAGGGAAGGGGCUUAACAGAGCAGAAACCAUCUGGAGAAGGUGCCACCACCAGAGGCUGCCACUUCUGGGGACCAGCUACACCUCAUUGUGCCGGGAAUCAGUGAGUGCCACCUUCCAGGUAAGCAAAGCCCAAGAGCUGGAAGGUGGUGGGAGCAGGAAUGCUGCCACCAGUGCUGGAGGGUCUCCUCCUGCCAAGCCCCAGGGGCUUGAAGCGUAGCUCACACCAAAAAGAGCAAAUUCAGUGUUUCAUCCUCAACAUGUUGUCCUCACAGGGCUUCGGGUUAUGGAGUCUGGCUAUAAAGGUGAUUAGGGACCUGGAGCAUCCCUCUAAUGAGGAAAGGCUGAGGGACUUGGGUCUUUUUAGUCUGGAGAAGGCUGAGGGGGGAUCUGAUUAACGCCCAUAAAUACUUAAAGGGUGGGUGGCAGGAGG